AUGUCUUCUCUCGCUGACCAUGGUGUUUCUUCAGGAGUAGAGAAGCGGGGGCAUUCGAAGGACGGAUCGUUGGAUGAGAAACAUGAAGCGGAUGUGACCGUGCUCGAGUCUCAGUCGGACCUGAGUCAACAGGACGAGGCGUUGAGGCUGGUCGGAAGAGAGAGGCAGGCUGAGUUUAGUGACGAGUUCAACAAGAAGCUGAGGAGGAAGCUGGAUUGGUGGAUACCACCGCUGUGUGCAGCAGUUUACUUCACGCAAUUUCUGGACAAGACCUCUUUGAACUAUGCAAGCAUUAUGAACUUCCCUAUAAGCGGGCAGCAAUACAACCUCAUCUCGAUGGGGUUCUACUUAGGUUUCCUUGUCUGGGAGUUCCCCACGGUGUACAUCUCCCAAAAACUCCGACUGGCGAAAUAUCUCGGUGGUAACAUCAUACUGUGGGGCAUCGUGCUCAUGCUGCACGCCGCAGCGACUUCGUUCAGCUCGUUCUUUGCCCUGAGGUUCCUACUUGGAAUGUUUGAGUCUUGCGUUGCUCCGCUUCUCAUUCUUGUUAUAUCGAUGUUCUACAAGAAGGACGAACAGGCUUCCCGUAUUUCAUGGUUCUACGUGAUGAACGGCCUCACAGCAAUAUUCGGAGGCUUUGUAGCCUACGGCAUCUCCUUCUACGACGGAAAGCAUAUCGCGCCCUAUAAGAUCCUAUACCUCCUCCUGGGUGGACUAGCAAUCCUCGUGGGCGUCGCUAUCCUACUAUGGCUGCCCGAUUCUCCUGUUCAUGCGAAGCGCUUGAGCGAGGAAGAAAAGAUCGCCGUGCUUGAACGCGUUCGUGAUGAUCAGGGUGGGACGGAGAAUAAGAAGGUGAAGUUUGAGCAGAUUAAGGAGGCUGUGACGGAUCUCAGGACGUGGCUUAUCGUUCUGACGACGUUGUUGACGAGUAUACCGAAUGGAGCCCUGAGUAACUUCAGCAACAUCAUUGUCAAGAGCUUUGGCUACACCUCCAAACAAACACUAAUCUUGAGCACACCGGGUGGAGCAGUCGCUGCUAUAACUACCCUCGCGUGUGGCUAUUACUCUGACAAACGAGGAGAGCGCAUGUUGCCAAUCGUGUUUGCGCUUAUACCAACCAUCGUUGGGACUGCUAUGCUUAUCGGGCUCAACAAUUCGGGGAAGAAAGGCGUGCUGUUGUUCGCAACAUAUCUAAUUCAGACGUUUGGAAGUGCUCUGUCGACUGUCUACGCUUAUAAUGCGAGCAAUACCAGUGGAUACACCAAGAAGUUAACCAUCAAUGCCAUGACACUCUUCACUUUCAGCAUCGGUAAUAUCAUCGGUACCGAAAUCUUCCAGCCGAAGGAUGCCCCUGCCUACAUUCCCGGCAAAGUAGCCAUCAUGGUCCUCCUCACUGUACAGCUCUUCAUCUGCUUCCUACUUCGGUUUAUCAACCUUCGCCUCAACAAGAAGAAGCGCGCGGCUUUGGAAGCGGAGAAAGCGCGUAAUGGGUGGACGGACGCAGAUGUACAGAAGGAGCGCGAAAGACAUGCGUUCUUGGAUUUGACGGAUGGACAGAACCCAUACUUUGUGUACACUGCCUGA